AUGGCGGAGGGCGGCGGUGGCGGCGGGCCGCGGCGGAAGGCGCUGUCCCUGCUGGAGGCGGCCCGCUCCCGCUACGAAAGCCUGCAGAUCUCGGACGACGUGUUCGGGGAGUCGGGCCAGGACAGCAGCGGGAACCCCUUCUACAGCACCUCGGCCGAUUCCCGCUCUGCCUCCUCCCAGGACGAGGACGAGGAGCAGCUCGCGGCUACGGAGGGGCCCGGCCCCCGGGGCAGGGGGCGCCGUGUCCCCAGGGCGGUGGGAGCGGAGCGGCAGCAGGUUUCCGGCGGCGGCAGCCCGGGCCACACGGAGGAGGAGGAGGAGGGCUGGACCUCGACCCUGCGAGACGCCCCACCCCCAGACUUCAAGGAUAGCUUCGGUCCAACCCAUAAAAUGCCCACAGCUGCCAGUGCCAUGGACUUUUUUCAGCUCUUUGUCCCUGACAAUAUACUAAAGAACAUGGUAGUACAAACCAACAUGUAUGCCAAGAAGUACCAGGAGAGAUUUGGCAAAGACGAUGCCUGGAUGGAUGUCACGCUAACAGAAAUGAAAGCCUUCCUAGGCUACAUGAUCUCAACAAGCAUUCACCACUGCGAGUCUGUCCUCAGCAUUUGGAGCAGUGGCUUCUACAGCAACAAGAGCAUUGCGCUGAUCAUGACACAGCCGCGGUUUGAGAAAAUCCUGAAGUACUUCCACAUUGUGGCCUUCCGUUCCAGCCAGAUGACACACGGCCUCUACAAAAUUCAGCCUUUUCUGGACUCUCUGCAGCAUGGCUUUGACUCUACUUUUAGGCCUUCCCAAACCCAGGUGCUACAUGAACCGCUGAUCGAUGAGGACCCAGUUUUCAUUGCCACAUGCACAGAGCGGGAGCUACGCAAAAGGAAAAAGCGGAAAUUCAGCCUAUGGGUUCGGCAGUGCUCAUCUACUGGUUUCAUCUGUCAGAUUUACGUCCAUCUAAAAGAAGGAGGUGGUGCCGACGGACUGGAUGCUUUGAAGAACAAGCCCCAACUCCACAGUAUGGUGGCCAAGAGCCUUUGUCAGAAUGCAUCAGGAAAAAACUACAUCAUCUUCACUGGCCCUAGCAUUACCAGCCUGAACCUUUUUGAAGAGUUUGAGAAGCAAGAGAUUUAUUGCUGCGGAUUGUUGAGUUCCAGGAAAAGUGACUGCACAGGCCUUCCUCCAUCAAUGCUGCAUAACCCAGACGCUCCUCAGUCCAGAGGGCAGUACAGAAUAAAGAUGAGGGGAAACAUGUCCCUGAUCUGCUGGUACAACAAGGGGCAUUUUCGUUUUCUCACUAAUGCCUAUUCUCCAGUUCAACAAGGAGUUAUAAUUAAGAGAAAAAGUGGCGAGAUCCCAUGCCCGUUGGCAGUAGAAGCUUUUGCUGCUCAUCUUAGCUAUAUCUGCAAAUAUGACGACAAAUACAGCAAGUAUUUCAUUUCUCAUAAACCAAACAAGACCUGGCAACAAGUGUUCUGGUUUACCAUCAGCAUUGCCAUAAACAAUGCCUACAUCAUCUACAAAAUGUCAGAUGCCUACCACGUGAAAAGGUACAGCCGGGCACAGUUUGGUGAGAGACUUAUAAAGGAGCUGCUGGGCUUGGAGGACACCUCACCUUCUCAUUGAUGCAUUAUUCCUUGUGGCUUAGGUAUGGGGUGGAGGGGGAGCAGAAAAGGAGAUCACUGCUCUGGAAUGUCAAAGCAGGGAACUCAUGACAUCACCAAUGCCGCUCCCUCUAGGAAAGUGACAGUGAUGCCAGUAGAGGGGCGGAGACUUUGUUAAAAGUAGCAGCUGGCUGUUGAGUGUCCUACAGAGAGAGCCACAGGAAAAGUCAACACACAACUGCAUCUGUGAAUGCUCUGCGGGUACCUGUCCAUCCAAAAAGAUUUAAGUUAGUAGCCAUUUGUCUGCCAUAUCUGUUGAACAGGGUCGUCUUGUAAGGCUUCCAUAGGGCUCACCAUGAGCUUGCCACAAAAGGAUGUAGCUCAGUGGUCCUAGGUGGGCAUUACCAAAAUUUUGCCUUGUCUGGAGUUCUUUAACUGUGGGACAAGCAAUGUUGUGUCAUGGAUAACAAUGCCUGGCAUCUUGUAAGGAGUCAUGACAGGGUUAAAAUAAAACAACAUAUUUAUGUUCUUCACAAGUAUAUUGACAGAUUGCUUGUUACAGGCAAAGACAACAAAAAGAUAGAGUAACAGUUAAGAAUUUUUUUUAUUAGUGUAAGGCAAUCAGAUUGCCGUAUAGGAAUAAAAAGUUUAGGGGAAAAUUAAACAUCUUGGAGAACCUUAAAAAAAAAGUCUGAGUGAAAUUUUAAAAACUAUAGGGAAAGCUAAAUUGAUGCACAUAGUUUAACAAAUAAAUGAAAUAGUUCUGCCUGCCACCAUAGCUUCCAUAUUGCUGGUGUGCAGGUGAGAAUCUCAGAGUCUAACAACUAAAAUAACUGUAUUUUCCUUGAUUUCAGUUGUAGCUUCAGGUUCUUCUAAGUGUUGCUUAAGAUCUACCUUAAUGGACUGUUUUACUUAAAUUUCUAUGGAUGUUUUUCAUUUCCCUCCCCCUUUUUUAAAAAAAAAUAUCAAGACAGAUUCUUCAUCUUAGAUCUUCAUUUCCUAUUAUCACACAUUUGGCAAGCAAAAAAUAGUUCACCGAUAGCAGUGCAUUUUGCGUUUUCACUGUUGGGUGUUCUGUAGGAAUCCUUCUUGGAAUUUGAAAUGCGUCACAGUAGCUGUAUUUUUGCAAAUUAUAUGUUUAGAAAAAUAGUGUGUCAUUGUAAAAAAACUGUUCAGAUGCAACCAGACGUUGACAGCACUGAAGCAGAACAAAACCCAAAUGCUUUCCUUGUUUUGAGUGACUCUCUGGAAGCUAGAACCAUUUGGAAUUAGUGCAGCCUGGUGCCACUGGCUAGUAUUGACAAGACUCGGCUGAAUGUUUUCAGCAGACUAUUGAGUUCACUGCCACCAGGACGCUUCAGUGGGGAAAGCAAAAGGGGAGAGAGGUCUGAGAGCAGGGGACAAAAACUCAGCACUAGAGUAAAAUACGGCUCUUCCUUCAUCACAUUACUGAUUAAAGCCACAACCCAAUAAACUAGGAGACAUACUACAGUUAAAACUUUAGUAUGGUAGAACUUAUGGGAAUGCACUAAUUUACAGGGCACAAAUAUGAUGCAACUUCUCUUUGUGGCAAUAGGAAAGCUCUCGUUGACUUUGAUGAGAGUUUUACAUGCUAGUCUCUGCUCAUUUUAAAGGGCACAAGUAGUUGUCCCAAAAUUUGGAUUUUGUUUGGAG